AAUCUUUUGCCUGUUUUUUUUUUUUUCUAACUUGGAUUGUUUGUUUUUCUUAUCAUUGCGUCUGUCUCAAGAGUUCUUUAUACAUUCAGGAUUUAAGCCCUUUAUCAGAUGUGUGUUUUGAAAAUAUUUUCAUGGGAAGGCUUUUCCUGUGUUGUACCCAGUGACUCUGGGGCCUGGCCGCACUCGGAAGCACCCCCCUCCCACCCUCCACCCACCCCAGCGGGGGGACCCUUCUUCUCUGAAGCACUCAGUAGUGUCGGCCCUCCCUGGGACCCCUGCCCCCGAUCAGAGGUGUCGGGGCGCUGUGCCCCCGAGGACACAGGGUGAUCACAAGUAGUGUCUCUGGGUGCUCUGCGUGUGUGCACCCAAGAGGUCACUGGGGAGCCCCCACCAGCCCCUGGCGCCUCCUUGGUGAUGCUCACGCCUACAGGCUUAUGCAACCCUUGAUAAGGUGGUUGUGAUACCAUAAUCCACCCAGACUGGCGGCUCAGCUCCACCCUCCAGACGGGCUGCUGGAGGCCCAGUUGGUGGCUGGGUAGGGGGCGGUGGGGUCUAGAGUGAGGGGCACCCAGGCCUCCGACGUCCCCUCUGUCACAGCUGGCCCGGGCAGGCUCUGCUCCUAGAGCCAAGUGCCUUCUGAGCCCAGCUGGUGGGCCGGGCUAUAAAGCCUGGCCUCCUGGGGCUCCGACCGAGACCGAGGGCAGACAUGGCGGCCAAGCUCGUCCUCCUGGGCCGCGUCCUGGUGCUGCUCUGGGUGUCCGUGGCUUGGGCCGAGGUCCUGGUGCAGCCCGAUUUUGAUGCCAAGAAGUUCUCAGGCCGCUGGUACGUGGUGUCCAUGGUCUCCGACUGCAAGGUCUUCCUGGGCAAGAAGGACCAUCUGCUGAUGUCCUCCAGGGUCAUCAAGGCCACGGCAGGUGGCAACCUCAGCGUCCACAUGGAGUUCCCCCGGGCUGACGGCUGCAACCAGGCGGACGCCGAGUACCUGAGGGUGGGCUCCCAGGGCCACUUCAGGGUCCCAGCCCUGGGCUACCUGGAUGUGCGGGUCGUGGACACCGACUACAGCUCCUUCGCCGUGGUCUACAUCUACAAGGAGCUGGAGGGGGCGCUCAGCACCAUGGUGCAGCUGUACAGCCGGACCCAGGAAGCCAGUCCCCAAGCCGUGAAGGCCUUCCGGGACUUCUACCCCACGGUGGGGCUUCCCGACGACAUGGUGGCCAUGCUGCCCAAGUCAGACACAUGCUCCUCUGGGGACAAAGAGGCUCCCUGACUCCUCGGGAGACCCACCGUGGCCCUUCCCAGGAAGCUUCCUCUGACUUCCUACGGCUGCCAUAACAAAUCACCACAUACCGGUGGCUUCAAAGGACAGAAAUGUAUCCCCUGCACAGUUCUGAGGCCGCAGGUCCAAAGUCAAGGAGGGGGCAGGGCUGGCCCCUUCUGGAGGCUCCAGGGGAGAACCUGGCCUCUCCUGGCGUCUGGUGGUGCCGGAGGUCCUUGGCGUCCCUUGGCUUGUAGACCCGUCCCUGCCACCUCUGCCUCGGCUGUCACAUGGCCGCCCUCCCUCUCUGUGUCUGUGUUCAAAUUUCCCUCUUCUUAACGAGGACACCCGUCACGGGAUGCGGGCCCGCCCUUAACCCAGGGCGGUCUCGUCUCGGUCCUUAACCGACCACAUCUGCAAAGACCCAGACUCCAAGUAAGGUCCCGUUCUGAGGUCCUGGGUGGACGUGAAUCGGGGGGGACGCAGUCCGGUGUGCUGUGUGUCCCCACAGUGUGUGGCUCCCUCCCUGGGGUGCUGGGCCUGGGAUCUCAGUCUCUCCGGGAGGGUCUCAUGAGGUGGGUGCUGCCCGCCGUCUUCUUGUUCACUGCCGUCACGGGGCUGGGUCCCAGGAGCCCUUGGGACAUGGACGCGGGUGGACUCUUGGGGACACCCUCCCCCAAAGGGGUCACCAGGAACCCGUGCCGCCCCUUACCAAGUUCGUAGUGCAAAACUUGGGAACCUACGUUAGACAAUAGAUGACAGGUGAGACGUGACAGUCCUGCAGCGUGGGAGGCCACCCUGCGGCCGCCCUGGCAGGAGAGGGUGGUGGGGGAUGCGUCUUCCUCAGCGUGCGUGCCCGUCGUCCCGCUCUCCCUGGCCGUCCUGGCUACACACCCAGUGGGGCUUUCAGGCUGUUUUAACUCCCCGUGGCUCUGCAAUACGCCUGCCCAGCCUCCCGGCUUUGCCCCUACCACGGGUGCAGCUGUUUUAGGCGGGAGGAGAGGAGGGAGGGAAUUGUGCCAAAUCACUCACCUUCUGGAAGGCUCUGCCUUUGGAGCGUGUGAGCCCCAUCUUCCUGCUGCGUGCCAUACCCUGACUUUCAAGGUAAAGUGCCCCAAUUGGGCCACUCCGGUGCUGAAUAUGGGGUGUCGUGGCGGCUUAGUGGCCAUUCUGGGGCUUUCUUGCCACGCCAGCCCCUUAUCUCCUGACAGCGAGCAAGUGAGGCUCCGGGAGUGUGGCAGGUGCCCAGGCCACGGCAAGGUGCUGGACUCGGCCUGGGGCCUCCGGGGCAGCAGUGGUGGAAUUGGCUUGCCAUGGCCGGGCAGGCGACGUGUGACGGGGCCGCGAGAGGGGCCCGAGUGUUUGCUGAGUGGCUGGGUGCACGCGGUGACGGUGCCUUUCCUGU